AUGGUCGCCAUCCAUCCUGUUGUCGUGGCCUUGCUGCCUCUGAUCCCUUCUGCACUUGGUCAGACAUGUGCUACUAUCAAUCCCGUCAAUGCCGCUACGUUUGCCUCUGGCUAUGAAGGCCCUCGUGGUAUCAUCUUCGAUAUCCAAGGCAACCUUCUCACCGCCGAACAGUCUUCCUACGGCCUCCGUUACAUUCAACUGACUGAUAACGGCGGCACGAAUAUUUGCGUCAGGUCCCAGAAGCAGCUUGUCGCGGACAGCUCGCUCAACCACGGUAUCGCGCUGACGCCUGACGGGAAGAAACUAUUUGCGUCAUCAAAGACCACGGUAUACAGUUGGGACUAUGACGGUACGACGGGAACUGUGGGCAACAAGAAGACGGUUGUCACAGGGAUGAGUACCAGUGGGCAUGUGAGUAGGACUCUUUUGGUGCCUAAAACCCAGCCAAAUGUCCUCCUCGUGCAGGUCGGCUCGAAUGGGAAUCUUGACACAGGUGCUGCUCAAGCUUCGAGUGGCAGGAGCCAGAUCCGGAUAUUCAAGCUUGCCGAUCUCGAGGCUGGGUCGAAGGCGUACACAACGGGUGAACUUCUAGGUUAUGGAAUCAGAAACAAUGCUGGUAUUGCUGAGGACAUUCAUGGUGGAAUUUUCUCAGUAAACAAUGGCAUGGAUGACAUGACCGUCAACGGCAAAGAUGUCCACAACACGAACCCAUGCGAGGAGCUGAACUACCACGGAAGAAUCAACGACACCUCAUCCCCUGAACGUGGAAAGUCCUACGGCUACCCUACCUGCCACUCCAUAUACGACCCUUCCGUUCUCCCGUCCCCGUUCAACACCCAGUUGAAAGUUGGCGACACAGUGACCAACGGCGCCUCCAGCUCCACUUGCACACGCGUCGCUCCCAAGCUUUGCUUCCCUGCGCAUACCGCUCCGCUGGAUCUUAAGUUCAAUAGCGGUGGAAGCGCCGCAUAUGUUACAUUCCACGGAAGCUGGGACAAAACCCCGCCAGAUGGCUACAGGGUGAGCAGGGUAGCAUGGAAUUCGCAGACAGGUCAGCCCGUCGCCAGCGUAACGAACACGUCUGCAGCGCAGAACAUCAUGUACAAUGCGAACAACGCCGCCUGCCCAAGUGGAUGCUUCAGGCCGGUAGGAUUGGCUUGGAGUCCGAGCGGGAAGUUGUUCCUCAGCAGCGAUGCCACGAAUGAGAUAUGGGUUAUUGGUGGGGCGAAAUAG